CUCUUAUCUUAGUUCGUGGUCACUGAACGCAAGAUAUUUUUGAAGAGCAAUAUUCAUGCAUUUUAAAAAUAUAUAGAAAGAAGAGUUUUUUUUAAUAUUUAUAAUAUAAUUUUUUUUCACGGUAGAAUAUAAUGAUAAAAAUGAAGCAGUGCUAAAGUACAAUACUGUGAGCUGAGCCUAAAUAACCUUGAUGGGUCAAUCAGUUAUCCUUAUAUUUUAUACAAAUAUAUACAAUUACUUUCUUUAAAGAGACAAAUGAAAUGAACAGAAAUAAACACUCAAUUCCUGUUAUGGUAUGUGAAUUCCAUCAGGAAGUGCUCGAAUUUAUACACCGAUAUAUCGCAACGAAACGAUUACCUUAUGAGAAUUUAAAAAUGGUACACUUCGAUUCACAUCCCGACCUGGCCUUUCCACACCGUUUAUGUGCUGAAGAUUGUUAUAGUAAAGAGAAAAUGUAUAAUGAUCUCGACAUCGCUGAUUGGAUACUGCCAUUAGUAUAUGCAGGACACUUGCGUUGUUUGACAUGGGUCAAGCCACCUUGGGCUAAACAAAUAGAGGAGACAGUGGUGGAUGUUAAUGUGGGAGAAGAACACAUCAAUGGAAAGCUUAGGAUUGAUUGUACUGAAGAUUAUUUCUUAGAAGACUGCACAUAUGCACCGACUACACUAUUACGUCAUAUUAAACCAAUUGCGUUAGCUGUUAUCGAGUUGAAUGCAUUGAUCACUCGUUGUCGAGAAAUCGAGAAACAAUCGAGUGAAAGUUAUGAUGAACUCACAGAUCAGAAUAAUAGUUAUGUUGCAGACGUAAAAAGGCGAAAACUGAGCGAUACUAGUGAAACGAAAAGUGCGUGUUUGGGGAAAAAUACAUCAAAAAAUUAUGUUACGGGACAUCGAAAACAACGAAACACUGUGGAAACAGCAGAAACAAAGGAAUCUUUUGUCGAAAAACAUAAACUACGAGGUGAAAAAGAAACGAAACAAGACAUAGUUACGUUGUUACCAACCUCGAGUGAUCGAUAUAUUUUAGACAUCGAUUUGGAUUUUUUCUCGGUAACAAAUCCUUUUUUACAGGAUUAUACAAAGGAAGAAUACCAACAGUUAAAAUCCAUUUACAAAUACGAAUUUCCUGCCGACAAAAGAGAUGAGAACGCUCUUACUAAAUGUGUCUCAGAAGCGCAACAGAAGUUUGAGAGUCUGGAAGCAACGAUAAAAUCAUUUUCUAAAUCCAACUGCACAGAGACAGAUGAAAAUAAAAAGUUGGUUAAAUUCUUGAAAAAAAUACAAGAACGAAAAGGUCCUGAUAUCGACUGGGAAUUAGUUCAUAAUGCUGGUAUGACCACGGACCUUCCACAUCACUUGAGUACAGAUGAUGAAAUAAAUUGUUUUGUCGAAGACAUGGUCAGCCUUCUUAAAUGUUUACCGCCACCAGCUUUAAUAACUGUGGCAAGGUCAGCCGUGGACGAAUACUGUCCUUCUUCACAAGUGGAUAACAUACAGAAAAAAGUGAUCGAUGCGUUGAGUAGCCUGUAUACAAAUAUUGAAUUAAAUUUGGAUUAUAAAGAUGAGUCAAGAUUGUAUUAAUAUGACAAAAAUUACAAAUAAUCUAUGACUGGUGUCAUCUA